AUGCCUUUGAACGUUUUCCGAGUCGCUGCGGACUUCUCGCAUCUCGGCUCCAUUUUCAUCUUGCUUCACAAGAUGGUGCAGCUUAACAGCUGCUCGGGUAUCUCGUUCAAGUCGCAGACACUCUACAUGCUCGUCUACAUCACCCGCUAUCUUGAUCUCUUCAAAACCGAUAGCAUCUACAACUUCAUCUUCAAGAUCAUGUUCCUUGGCUCCCAAGGUUACAUCAUCUACCUCAUGACCAACGCCUACAAGCCUACCAACGAUCCCAAUGUCGACACCUUCCGAGUCCAGUACCUCCUCGCGGGAGCUGCUGUCCUCGCCAUCGUCUUCCCCUAUCACUACACCAUCUCGGAGAUUCUGUGGGCCUUCUCCAUUUGGCUCGAGUCUGUGGCUAUCCUUCCUCAGCUCUUCAUGCUUCAGCGCACCGGCGAGGCCGAGACCAUCACCACCCACUAUCUCUUCGCUCUCGGCAGCUACCGCGCUCUCUACAUCCCCAACUGGAUCUACCGAUACUUCGCCGAGACUAACCACAAGGUCGACACCAUCGCUAUCGUCGCUGGUAUCGUCCAGACCGUUCUGUACAGCGACUUCUUCUACAUCUACUACACCAAGGUCAUGAAGGGCAAGAAGUUCAAGCUCCCCGUCUAA